CUGAGCUGUAGGCACUAAUACCACUUCAAAACAAAUCAGACAUCGAGCGAGACACAUCUAAAAAUGAAGUGCUUUACUCUGAACUGCUUUAGGCUGCCAGCGGUACCAAACGAUGCUGGGGAAGCUAAAGAAAGGAAGGAAAAUGGAGGGAAAAAAAAGAUAUCCUGGAUAAAGAAGUUUUUUUCAAAAAAAGGGAAAGGAAAAAAGGCAAUGGAGGAGGAGUGCAAGGGAUUGGUGGAGGAGUGCAAGGCAAUAGAGGAGGAGUGCAAGGCAAUGGAGGAAGAGUGCAAGGCAAGGGAGGAGGAGGAGAGCAAGGAAAUGGAGGAGGAGAACAAGGCAAUGGCGAAGGAGUACAAGGCAAGGGAGGAGGAGGAGAGAAAGGCAAUGGAGGAGUUCAAGGCAAUGGAGGAGAAGAGUAAGGCAAUGGAGGAGGACGAGAACAAGGCAAUGGAGGAGGAGAACAAGGCAAUGGAGGAGGAGUACAAGGCAAGGGAGGAGGAGUACAAGGCAAGGGAGGAGGAGGAGAGAAAGGCAAUGGAGGAGGAGAACAAGGCAAUGGAGGAGGCGUACAAGGCAAUGGUGAAGGAGUACAAGGCAAGGGAGGAGGAGGAGAGAAAGGCAUUGGAGGAGGAGAACAAGGCAAUGGAGGAGGCAUACAAGGCAAUGGUGAAGGAGUACAAGGCAAGGGAGGAGGAGAAGAGAAAGGCAUUGGAGGAGGAGAACAAGGCAAUGGAGGAGGCGUACAAGGCAAUGGUGAAGGAGUACAAGGCAAGGGAGGAGGAGAAGAGAAAAGCAUUGGAGGAGGAGAACAAGGCAAUGGAGGAGGCGUACAAGGCAAUGGUGAAGGAGUACAAGGCAAGGGAGGAGGAGGAGAGAAAGGCAAUGGAGGAGGAGAACAAGGCAAUUGAGGAGGAGUAUAAGGCAAUGGAGGAGUACAAGGCAAGGCAAUGGAGGACAUGAUGCAAGAUGAAUACGCCAAUAGUGGAUGAGAACAUAGAACUUUGACUAUCAGUACUAUUUAAAUAUGUAAAUUCUUGUAAAUAAAGCAUUAAAAACGAAGAA